AUGCUGAAGUUCGGCUUGCGCCCAGACGCGUUGACUUUCCACGCUCUCAUCCACGCUUGCGCGAAAGUGCCAGAUUCAAACAGCGCAGAGUACUGGCUCAUGCAGAUGCGGGAGGCCUCGUGGAGCGGGCCGAGCACUGGUUUGGCCAGAUGCAGAGGGCUGGCUGCAAAGUCAACACUUUCGGAUACGCAGCUGUUCGGUGACUUGGCCAGGGCUCAGCAGCUGUUCGAUGACAUGGACAGCCACCUCCUGGUUCCAAACCUCGUGUGCUUCAACACGAUGCUGAACGCGUGCGUGCACAAGGGCGACUCAGAGGCGGCCGAGGCGUGGUUCCACAAGCUGGAGCCCCGUGGAAUCCAGCCGAACAGCAUCACGCUCAACCGCAUGAUCAGCGUCUCCGCGAAGAGUGGGGACGAGGAUGCUCCUGCGCCGGGAGCCACCCAGACAGCCAGACAGUCUGCACUCCCGCCCGCGCGCGCUCUCGAUGCGCCCGGCCGGGCCACCGCCGACACCCGGGCCCUGGCCCGCGACGCCAUCGUCGACGCGUGCGGCCAGGCGUGCGGCCAGGCCGCGGCCUCCGCCCGGGCCGGGAGCUGGCGCGCCAAGGGCGCGCCAGGGCGCGCCCGAGCCGCCCGGCCUGCCUCGCGAGAGGCCCGCGCGGGCGGGCCUCGCGCCGCCGCCGCGCCGCAGCACGGGGCCGCGCCGGGGCCCUGCCGCAGCACGGGGCCCGCGAGCUCGCGGGAGGAGCUGCUCGCCCGCGCGGAGGCGACCCCGCCGCCCGGCCUCGCGCCCCCGCCGGGCCGCUCGGCGCAGCGCCUGCUCGCACGCCAGCUCGGCGGCGCGCAGUGGGAGGACGUCCUCUCGAGGGCCCAGCAGCGCUCCGAGGGCGACGCCGUCCACGGGCUGCCGACGCUCUUCCGCUUCAGCCUCUGA